AUGGCUGAGAUUCCAAUCAGAUUCGGAAUCAUUGGCUGCGCCGAGAUAGCUUGCAAAGUCUCUCGAGCCAUCCUACUUGCUCCAAACGCCACUCUCUCCGCCGUCGCCAGCCGCUCCAUCGACAAGGCCGCCAAUUUCGCCAAGGCCAAUGGGUUCCCACCUGAAGCCAAGAUCUACGGCUCCUACGAAUCCCUUUUAGACGACCCCGACAUCGACGCCGUUUAUUUGCCUUUACCCACUAGCCUCCACCUCAAAUGGGCUGUAUUGACGGCUCAGAAAAGGAAGCAUCUGUUAACGGAGAAGCCCGUGGCGUUGAACGUGUCUGAGUUUGAUACGAUUCUAAAGGCUUGUGAAGAAAAUGGAGUUCAGAUGAUGGAUGGGACCAUGUGGGUGCAUCAUCCCAGGACCCAGAAAAUGAAGGAGUUUUUAAACGAUAAGGAGCGGUUUGGUCAGCUUAAAACGGUAAACAGCUACUUCUCAUUUUUUGCUGAUCCAGAUUUUCUCAAAAAUGACAUUCGUGUGAAGCCAGAUCUUGAUGCUCUUGGUGCACUUGGUGAUGCUGGGUGGUAUUGCAUCAGGUCAAUCUUGUGGGCAGCUGACUAUGAGCUACCCAAGACUGUUUCAGCCUUGCGAGGUCCUGUUCUCAAUGAAGCAGGGGUAAUACUAAAUUGUGGGGCUUCAUUACACUGGGAAGAUGGCAAAACUGCAACCUUCCAUUGCUCUUUCUUAUCGAAUUUGACAAUGAAUAUCACUGCUAUAGGAACAUUUGGAACAUUGCAUCUCACGGAUUUCAUUAUUCCUUACCAAGAGCAAGAGGCCUCUUAUACUACAUCCACAAAACCUGGAUUUAACAAACUUGUAACAGGAUGGGUGUCACUUCCAAGCGAACACACUGUCACCGUAGAUCUACCUCAGGAAGCCUGCAUGGUGAGAGAGUUUGCUGGCUUGGUUGAAAAUAUUAAAAAGAAUGGUGCACAGCCAGAUAAAAAGUGGCCAACAAUAAGCAGGAAGACACAACUGGUUCUGGAUGCUGUCAAGGCAUCCAUUGAGAAAGGUUUUGAGCCUGUUGAAAUUGUGAGUUAAUUAUGUUUGAUCAUUUGCAUGAGCUAUGAAUGAAUAAUUUGUGCGUGCUUGAAUGAUCUGUUUGUCUAUGGCCUGUCACACCGGCUUGGACAUGUAUCGUGAGAUUGUGCCUGUUGUGCGGUAUUCUCUAGCAUCAAAUAUGAUGCUUAAGCAAUAUGAUUUUGUUAUAUGCAUAUUAUAUGUUAAAUAAAAAUGUUAAAUAUUGGUAAAAA